GAGCUGAAGAUGGAAAACUGGACAGUGGAUCAAGUCUGCAGCUGGCUGAGACAGAGGAAUUUAGGAGAACUUGUUCCCAAGUUCCGUGAAGAAGAAGUGAGUGGAGCAGCUCUCCUGGCUCUCAAUGACCGCAUGGUGCAGCAGCUGGUGAAGAAGAUUGGGCACCAGGCAGUGCUGAUGGACCUGAUCAAUAAAUACCAGCAGCAAACCCGUGGGCUGGAAGCCCUCACCUGCUGCUGUGGAACAGCUCCUCCAAAGCCUCCAGAGGCCCUCAGUAGGGCUGCUGACACACCACUGUUACAUUCCUCUGCCCCUGUGGAACAGAAAAAAUCUCUCUGCUUACCUGAAAAUGAAGGAGGACAAAUUGAUCACAGAGUGCUGAAGCAAAAAAGAAAUCUGAAGUCAUUUGUUGCAAGAUGCAGAACCUUGCAGUGGACCAGCUCCUACGCCUUGCCAGACUUCCCUUACGAUGUCAAGUGCCUACUGGCAGAGAAAAAAUGCCCUGAGCACAGCAUGAGGAUCAGGAUCAUUGAGUUCUUACAGGCAGACAUGACAAAAUACCUGGAAGGAUCCCUGUACCCAAACAGCCAGCAGUACAACCUGGUGGUCAGUGCCCUGCUGCAGGCAUACCCAUUCCUGGAUGAAGAUGGCAAUGGCUUUCUGCUGUGGAAGAGGGCCCUGAAGGAUCGCUUCAAAUACGUGCGGAGACCUAUUGAGGAUGAUGAGCAAGUCCUGAGGAACAAGUGCAAGUUUGGCCACAGGAGAGGGCAGACCAGGAAACCAGCUGCUGAACACAAACCUGACCACAGCCAGGGGCAGGCAGAGGAGGAUCCUGCUCACCCCCAGGGCAGUGCCCUGGCUGGACACAUCAAGUGGCUUAAGGAGGAGUAUCUGAAAGCUCAGAGGAACUGGAAGGAAGUGGACAACAGAAUGAACAUGACCAUGGAAGUGAGGAGAAAGAUGAUCAGUGCCAAGGCUCCUGUCCAAGACAUUCUCAGGCUCUUCCCAUUCCUAAGAUGCCCUUGCCAGCUCUUCAGGGAGUUCCAGCUUCUCACCCACCUGGACAUCUACCAGAAGACAGUGGAGAUUUUGGAGGUUUAUUGUGACAGCAUCUUGUCCCUGCAGGUGGUGAGGAGCAGCCCCAUCACCGCCCUGCUGCGGGAGAGCCUGGAGCCGCUCGCCGAGGAAGCCCUUCGCAAGAGGAUGAAAAUGACUGCUGCAUGCUUACUCCUGCCUGAGGUCUUUGGGGAUGAUUCCAGCCUGUUUGCUGCAGUGAACGAGGAGGCGAGGGCAGAGACUCCAGUGCUGGAGGUGAGGAAGCCCUUCAGCGAGAGCAGCUGCCGGUUUGUGCUGCGGGUGAGCAGGGAGCGGCUGGCCCGGCUGGAUGACUGCAGCACGGCCCUGGCUGCGCUGCUGGCUGCCUUCCACGUCUUCCACCUCCCCUGCCCCGCCGGAAUCCAGCGCACCCUCAGCUUCCUGCAGGCCCUGCUCUUCGAGGGCAGGAGCCCAGCAGCCCUGCCCACCCUGGCAGAGAGAGGGCUGCAGGCACCUGGGCAUCCCCCGGAGCUCCUCUGGGCAGCAGCUGAUGCGGUGCCAGAAUGA